AAUCGGAUCAGGAGUGACCAUGUGGUCACGCCCACUUUGCAGACGUAAGAAAAGACCUCCGGGUUUGUGGGUUUGUUUGUAAAGAAAAUGGCGGCUGUGCUGAGGCGGGGAGCUAGCUUCAUCUGCUUAGGAUCUUCUCAGCUCUUAUCUGGAGGCUGUAAACAUGGCAGAACCUGCAUUUUGCCCUUCUUCAGCUCCAACAAUAGAAAUUCAUCAUCUUCAUCCAAAAUUAAAGUGGACCUGGACAGCAGCACUGGGAUUGCUGUGGUGAAGUUUCAGAACCCGCCGGUGAACAGCAUGAGUCUGGACUUUCUGACCGAAUUCGUGAUCAGUUUAGAGAAACUCGAGCUGGACAAGAGCUGCAGAGGAGUGAUUCUCACCUCGGCUCAGCCGAAGAUUUUCUCCGCAGGCCUGGACAUCUUGGAAAUGUACGGGAAGAGUCCGGAGCACUACGCCGAGUUCUGGAAAUCCGUGCAGGACAUUUGGCUCAAAAUGUACGGCUACAGGAAGAUGACCAUCGCCGCCAUCAACGGUUUCAGUCCUGCAGGCGGGUGUUUGGUGGCCUUGUCAUGUGACUACAGGAUCAUGGCGGAUAAUCCUCGCUACAGAAUCGGCCUCAACGAGACGCAGCUCGGCAUCGUCGCUCCCUUCUGGUUUAAGGACACGAUGGUGAACACUGUGGGUCACAGAACAGCAGAGCUUUCUCUCCAGUUCGGUCUGAUGUACAGUCCUUCUGAUGCGCUAAAGAUCGGCCUGGUGGACCAGCUGGUUCCUGAGGAGAACGUUCUCGGCACCGCCACUGAAACCAUGACCAAGUGGCUGGCCAUCCCAGAUCACGCCCGUGAGAUCAGCAAGUCCAUGUUGAGGAAGCCGACGGUGGACCGCCUGCUGACCAGCCGAGACGCCGACACGAAAAACUUUGUGAACUUCGUCAGCAGAGACUCGAUCCAGAAGUCUCUGGGUCUGUACCUGACCAUGCUGAAGGAGAGGAAGGAGUGAGCGCGGGACUGAGACUCUCCUCCCUGCCUCCUGUUCACUGUGUGUUCUCUUUAUCUGUGCAGCGUUAAGUUUGGAUUACCAAGUUCAGGUUCUCCUGAGGUUCUCUUCUUACAGGUGUUUGUAAAUUAAAAUCUAACAGCA